UUGUUCGGUUGAUGUGCCCGUAUACUUUCAAACAAAAUGGAGUAGCUGAACGCAAACAUCGUCACAUUGUAGAAGUGGGCAUCCAAGCAAAUUUUUCAUGGAGUACUGGGGGUAUGCGUUUUUGCUGUGCGGUUCAUCUUAUAAAUCGCCUUCCCACUCCUGUUCUACAAGGACAAUCUCCCUUUAAGGCCCUAUAUGGUUAGGAUCCUACCUAUGACCACUUAGGGGUUUUUGAAUGUUGUUGUUAUCCUUAAUUACGACCGUUUGCGACACAUAAAUUGGAGUUUCGAUCACAACCUUCCACCUUUCUGGGCUACAGCACUCAACAUAAGGGAUAUCAAUGUCUUCUACCAAAUGCUAAGAUAGUUAUUUCAAGACAUGUAGUGUUUGAUGAGACUAAGUUUUUGUCCUCUAAAGUUGACUGCAAAGGUCCGGCUUUGGAAUCUAGUGUGACUAUCUCAACAACUGUUCCUCUAGUUCAGGAAGUUUCCUCUCGCUCUGUGGCACCCUCUACAAGAUCACCGGCUCUGUCAUCUCCGUUAGGAUCAUCUCUGGCUGGUCUUCAUGGUGCACAUGAGCCUAGUCCUCUGACUGGUGAUACUGUCGGAUGGUCUCCGGCUAGUUUUAAUGGUGCACUGAGCCUAGUCCUCUGACUGGUGAUACUGUUGAGUCCACACGGUUUAUGGAAGAUGCUCCCUCGGCGUCUCGUGUUCCGAACCACAUACUAGCUGGAACCAACACUCAUCCCAUGGUGACUCGUGCUAAGGCAGGUAUUUUCAAGCCUAAAUCUAUGUCCGUUGAAGUCAUGGAACCAUCCACAAUUGUGGAAGCAUUUUCUACUGCUGAGUGGCGAGCUGCUGCCCAAGCAGAGUAUGACGCACUUAUUCGGAACUCCAUUUGGGAACUGGUUCCUCUACCACCAGAUCGCAAGGUCAUUGGAUGCAAAUGGCUGUUCAAGAGUAAGAGAAAUCUUGACGGUACCAUUGCCAGGCGAAAAGCCAGAUUGGUAGCCAAAGGGUGCUCCCAGGUUCCUGGGUGUGACUUUAAGGAAAGCUUCGGAUGACGGCGCGGACUCAACAAGGUUCGCAUGAAUAGAGAUCUCCUGGAUCGUGCGGUGAUGUCGACUUUCGCACUCCACGAGGGCAUUGACAACGCGUUGGAGGGAGAUAGGGCCGAUCGACAUGUAGGCGGAGGAGACGACGGCCUCGAACUCCGACGACAGUCUGGCAAAUAUUAUCUCCAGUUUCUCUUCGUCUGAGAUCCGCGACCCUGAAAUCUCAAAAAGGGCACAGAGAGUCUUAACCCGAGCAACGUUUCAUCGGCAAGCUUGACAAUGUCAUGACACGGAAAUGAGUUGACUACACGAUUACCAUUGAAGACAGCAAUACUUGGCUCAACCGAGGUGGAAUCAGCAGAAUUCGUGGUGGCCAUGGAUCCCAAGAUUAACCGGCGAAAGAUACCAUAUUAGAAACUAGGUAAGAAUAUUGAAAUAGAUGACUAAAGAAUAAGAGGUUGAUAGAGAAGAUGAUGAACUUGUAACCUCAUAUUGAUUUCUAUUGUUGAAUCUUGAAAACUAGCUUGACUACAUUCAGAUUAGUAAUCUAUUUUUAUAGGCAUUUUACCAACUGCUCCUAACUACUCUUAGCUGUAUUAACAGCUUAUUAACUGACUAACAGCCUAGCUAAGUGAUCCUUAACACAGCAGCAUCUUUCAAUGUUUUCAUGAUUGGAUCUAUAAUGCUCACUCUUGCGAUCCAUAACCGCCUGAUUAUGCCACUCUUCAGGAAAACAAGAUACUCUCAUGGUUUGAAAAGUUUGCAAAAAAUCUGGUUAGGCCUCUUGUUCUCAAUUAUAGCUAUGGUGGGUGCAGCAUUGGCAGAAAGGAAAAGGUUGUCAGUCGCUAAAACCAGCAGCAGAACCACUGCCUUAAUCCUACCGGUGAGCGGCUUCUUGUUGCUUCCACAAUUCAUCUUGGUCGGGAUUGGAGAUGCAUUUAUCUAUGCAGGACAGCUCGAUUUCUUCAUAACAAAGUCACCUAGAGGGAUGAAAGCAAUAGGUACUGGCCUUUUCCUCGCAACCAUCUCUCUUGGUUUGUUUUUAAGCACCAUACUCGUUGAAAUAGUGAGGGAAGUUCCUGGAACGAAUGACGGUCAUUAUUGGCUGGCUCAUAGGAUCAAUGAUGGCAGACUCGACUUAUUUUACGGACUUUUAGCUGUUUUAAGCCUCAUCAACUUGGGGUUAUUUCUUCUAUGCGCCAAAUGUAUAUGCCAAAUCCUUAAAGAAGAAACUUCAUACCAUAGCUAGCAUAGCAUA